GCAUUGCGGGACGGCUCAUACGUCUCAGCGGUUCCCAUGUCCUCAUUUGGAGGGUUUUCUGCUUUGCGGUCGCGGCAAGCAUACGAGGCGGUGUGCAGAGAGUUAGAAUUUUCUUUACAAGAACAAAUCCGGAAGGCGGUGGAAGAUAUCGCCGAGUUUCACUUGCUGCUGGCGCAGCCGAAUUUGUCGAAAGGCAUCGGAGUGAAACUGCCGGUCAAAACAGAUGAGCAAGGUGACAAGGAGAUGCCAUGGCAGUCAGAGCUUUGGAAAGACGAUGACGAGCCCCGCGAGCACAUUUCAGCCAAUGCCGAGGAUAAUGUGCUACAAGCCCUCAGUGGGUUGCCAGUGCGUGUGAACUUCCGUGCCGACCACCUUGCCGACCAGUUGCAUCCAACGCAAACCUUGGCUUUGCCGGACUCACCAGGCAGGCACUCCCCCUCAGAUUGGGUUUCUGAGACCAGCUCCUUUUCAAGCCCAAUUGCAAGGCACGAGGUGAGGCUGCAUGAGCUUUGGGCACAAGAUCAAGACAGCAUCAGUUGCAAGAGGCUAGUGAGCCGAGACAGCUCAAGGAGGUCGCGACCGAAUUCGAGGUCUCGCUCCUUGAUUGAAAGCCACGACUGCGGCCCAUUUGAACGCAUGGCCUUGAGGCCGAACAGCGUGAUAUGUCUUUUCUGGGACAUCGCUUGCUUGCUGGCGACGAUGCACGACAGCGUGAUGAUCCCGUUGCUGUCUUCCUUUGACAUUGAUCCUGUCGGGGCACCGAACGCCAUGGCCAAGACCAGCGGCAUCAUUUGGCUUUGCGACAUGCUUGUGUCGUUUGUUCGGGGGUUCUUGAAUGUUCGGACAGGCUUUGUUGAGAUGCGCCUGCCGCACAUCGCCUACAAUUACAUUACAGGAUGGUUUGUGCCUGAUCUUGCUCUUCUCUCGCUUGAUGCUAUGUCAAUGUUUAUGACGGAUCUUGCCACAUUCGAGCACUUUACGCUGUUGCGCCUCUUUCGCAAUCUCCGUCUACUGAGAUUGCUGAAGAUGACAGGCCGUUUCAAUUUGAUCAGGGAGCUAUUCUCCAGCCUGGACUAUGCCACAGAAUGGGCUUCCGUUCAAAUGGAGACGGCAAUGAGUGUCCUAAAGCAUUUUGGCAUUAUCCUCUUGCUUUGCCACUUCACUGGCUGCGCAUGGUAUGCUCUCGGGAACAUGGAAAAAGAUGGUUCAUGGAUACAAGAGCAUGUAGGCUAUCGACAGACGCUGGGGCUCGAUGCUAGUGUUGCUUACUUUUACGUCACUGCUUUGCAUUGGUCAUUAUCUCAGUUUACUCCGGCAAGCAUCGAGGUGUCUGCCACCACAACAAACGAGCGGAUUUUCAGUGUACUUGUGAUUCUGGCGGGAUUGACAUUGUACAGCUUCUUCCUUGGCUCGAUCAACCAGUCUUUGAACAAGCUGAGAAGCAUGACGGCACAAGAAACCCGCCAGAACAUUUUGGUGCGCCGGUACAUCAGUGAAAAGAGACUCUCGAUAGAUCUGGCAGCAGAGAUCCUGACCUGCAUCCGUCAACGGGGCCUUGGCAAGGCCAGCAGCAAGAUUGUCUUUGCUGACAUCAAGGUUUUGGAUAGCCUGCCGCACACCACACUUUGCAAGCUACAGGUGGAAGUAGGUCUACCCAUUCUACAGAGCCAUGCUCUGUUCAAGCACUUGCUGGUGCUGGGCUGCCCUGAAAUGUCCACUCUCUGCGAAAAGGCCCUGAAGGAAAUUAGCACGGUCUACGGCGAGGAGCUCUUCUCAGCGGGAACAAUGGGUGAUUGCCUCUCCCUGGUCAGAGCGGGGAGAUUGCUCUACAAGUUUGCUCACCGGAAUGCAUGGAAACAGGAGGUGGACAAGGAUUCACGUGUCAGUGAAGCUUCUCUUUGGUUGCACUGGGAGUACCGAGGCCAGUUGACAUGUGUCGACCAGAACUCGUACCUCUUCCAACUCAAUGCCUCAAGCUUUCGGAAGAUCAUGGGCAGGAGCCAGCAUUUGGAGCUUUGUGCCAUGUACGCUCGGCUAUUUCUUCGGGCACUCCUUGAAACUCAUUCCAAUGACGAUGCCAGUGAUCUCUUUGGAGACGAUGUCCAGGUGGGCAAGAUAAUGAAAGUGAUUCGAUCCUGCCAAAGUGGGGCCGGCAAUCUGCUUGCAGCCAGCCUGGCCCCCGUUAGAGUGGCUCCCGCCUUUGCGGCGUGGAAAGAGUGGCAUCAAGCGCAGCAAGAGCUUCGCUUGCGUCAAGCGCGUUUCAACAGCUUUUGCCCUGGAAUUUUGGUGCUGUGGCACCAGUUGUCAAAGCCAACUGCCAAAGAAGUGCAAUGAUAAAGCAUGCACAAGCGCCGAAUUCGGCGCCCCCCGUUUCAUUCUUGAUGCUUUCCUCAAAGGCCAGUGCAUAAGCCCUCGCCAUUUGUCCUGACACCACGGGCAUGAGGAUCGACGAACCAUGUCCCUCUGAAGUGGUGGAUCCAGAACUGGAGAGUGUUCUCACAAAGGGCACAUAUUUGUGUUUGUCUUUUAACAGAGGGCUUUCUGGUUCUGCGAGCAGAACACCACGGUCUCGUUCCAGCAAGGCAGCCAGCUUGAAUACGCCAAUAGAGUCGCCACAUCCAAGAUGCACGGCGUCACCUCUCAAUAUUCUUUGCACACGC